CACAAGGACAGAGGGCUGGGUCAGGCUAGGGCUGCUUUAACUUUAAAUAGUCAGCCCAGACCUGUGCAGAGCCAAUCCCUGCCAGGCUGGGCUUCGAGCACCAAGGAAGCAAGACCAUGGUAGGGAAGAUGUUGCCUGUGCUGUGGACGCUCUGCGCAGUCUGGGUGACUGUCAAUGCCAUCUCUGUGGAAACCCCACAGGGUGUUCUUAAGGCUGCCCGGGGGAAGAGUGUUACCCUUCCAUGUACCUACCAGACUUCUGCCUCUGACCGAAAUGGAUUUAUCCAAUGGGACAAGCUUCUAAGGACCCACACGGAAAAGGUGCUCAUCUGGCAGUUUUUGGAGAAAAGAUACAUCUAUGGUGAACUUUAUAAGAACCGUGUCAACAUAUCGAAAAAUGCUGAGCAAUCAGAUGCCUCCAUCACUAUUGAUCAGCUGACCAUGGAUGACAAUGGCACUUACGAGUGCUCAGUCUCACUGAUGUCAGACAUGAUGGGCACCUCUCAGUCACGUGUCCGGCUCUUGGUCCUCGUGCCGCCCUCCACGCCGGACUGCGGCAUCGAGGGAGAGACCGUGAUCGGGAACAAUAUCCAGCUGACCUGCCAGUCGAAGGAGGGCUCUCCGGCUCCUCAGUACAGCUGGAAGAGCUAUGACAUCCUGAACAAGGAGCGGCCAGCUGCACCAGUCACAGGCCAGACCUUGUCUCUGAAGAACAUCUCCACAGACAUGUCGGGUUAUUACAUCUGUACAUCCAGCAAUGAGGUGGGGAUGGAGUCCUGUAACAUCACUGUGGCUGUCAGACCUCCCUCCAUGAAUGUGGCGUUGUAUGCGGGCAUCGCGGGGGGCCUGGCCGCUGCCAUCAUCAUCCUUGGCAUCAUUGUCUACUGCUGCUGCUGCCGGGGGAAGGAUGAGGCUGAGGACACCAAGCUGAGUCAGGUGGCCUACCAGAAGCCUUCAGAGCAGGUGAGAGAGCCUCCAACAGAGCCGGAAGAGGAGGAUGACUACAGGCAAGAAGAUGAGAGGAGCACUGGGCGGGAGUCCUAUGGCCACGCUGACCGGUGACUGGAGCAUGCUGCAGGCUGAGGUGGGGGGGAGAUUGGUGUCAUUUCUCUGCCUCUGCCUCCCCUCUCCUUGCCCCAUUUUUCCAGCCCUCCAUUCCAGUCACUGAUGGGAUGUUUCUUCCCUAUGUCAUCUGCUGGAGGACUUGGCUAAGGGGAUCUUGUGACUGACUGCCAAGUGCCCUCACCCACGAAGUGAUCCCUUCCUACUCCCCUGCCUAGCUCACGGCCAGGCCCUCAGCCUGGACCAGGCCACAGCCUCAGCUUCCUCUGCAGCUGGGAGGCUCCCAGAGGCAUAGGAUGGAGCCUGCGUACUCCUGGUUGUGAGUGGUCUGAAAUCUGCAGAAGCAGCACCCCCUUGGGAGAGCAGGAACUGCUCAGCUGCCCUGUGUGCACAGCACCCUGGGGAGCAUCUGCAUACAGUACAUAUUUGUUGAAUAAAUGAGCCUGAGAAGGACUCCCUGUUAUUUAGCCAACCUGAGUGAAAACUCCUGCUUCAGGAACCACGUUGGCCUCCAGUUCUCUUUGCAGCUCAUCUCCCACAGCUUUCCUGCACACUCCAGAAACUCUUCACAAGGGCCACCUCCCACUCCACUGCACAUCUCCUCCGGGGCUCUUUACUUCCUGUCUCUGGCUGGGAUGCCCAUGCAGUUUCCAUCUCCACUUUUCCCGAUAGGCCUGUCUCAAAUCCCAGUGAUUCCUAUAACUGGACCCUGAUCUCCCCUACACAUGGGAACAAACUUGUCACUCCUCAGGGCCACACAGCAGUUAUCUGAGCAUUAGCAUAUGCCUAGGCUCCUUGGGCCAGAGCCUGGGCUUCACUGCCCCCUGCCCCAGCCCUUCCAGUGAGCACUUACUCCAGCUGAAUCUAGGUACCUUUUUUUUUUUUUUUUUUAAGAUUUAAUUAUUUACCCAUGAUAGACAAGAGAUAGAGAGGCAGAGACACAGGCAGAGGGAGGAGCAGGCUCCAUCCCAGGACCCCGAUGCGGGACUCGAUCCCAGGACUCCAGGAUCACAUCCUGGGCCAAAGGCAGGUGCUAAACCACCGAGCCACCCAGGGAUCCCCUAGGUACCUAUUUUGAUAAGUUGAGUCUUCUCCUCCCUGGUCUCUCUGAUAUGUUUGUAGACUAACAACUCCCGCACAAACCUCUUUACUGGUUUAGUGAAUGAAUUACGUGCUGAUACAAGUGAACACACAGUUGUACACACACAGGAGCCUCUUUCAGCUGGUCCCACAUUCUCACAUCAUGAUGACUCCUCUCAAGAGUAACCGGCAUGCCCACCCCUGCUUCCUGACACCCAACCCUGACCUUGCCAGCCUGGUCCUGCCCUGUGCCAGCUCUGCUCUGCUCGUUGACAGUCACGCUGCCCUGCCGCAGCUCCCCGCUGGCCUGGCCUGUCUCCCCGCUGUCGGAGCACAGGCAGCGUCCCAGCCUAGGGCUCAGGGUCCUGUGGCUAGUCACGCCCAAAGGUAGUUUCCUAUUAAAUAAACAUCAUUGUCUUUUCUGAUCGGAAAACCAAUUCUAUAAAUCUAUCAUCCAUUUGAGAUUUUAAAAAAUAUAUAUUUUUUACACAUUUUGUUAAAUUCGUUGCUUCAUUCAAAAUGCUAUCAGUAAUAAUAAAAUUGUUAGUAGAAAUUCUUA